UGUCCAAUUAUAUAAGUAUUUUUAUAUCUUAAAAAAAUCAUUUAGUUUCUAUAUUGUAUAUAUGAAAAAAAAUACAACAACGAUAAAAAGUCUGUGAAAUUAAAUAGUUUAAUAUGUUUUGAUUCUGCUGAGUAUAUAACCAGAAAGUUCAGUAUCUUACGUUAUCAUGCAUGUCUGGGAAUUCUCCCACCCACUGCGCCAUGCCAUGGCCCAGUGGAUAAAUACAAUGCCACGCGGCCAUGUUGUCUUGCAACGUAAGAGCAGGUAAGUCUCUGUCUGAGGCCUAGGGCUAGGUAGGUCAAUAUACUACCACCCUGAAUAUUUCGAAGGAGACAAGUAGGACCUAUACAUGUAUUACUAAAUUAUUGCAUUCGCUCACGAUCAUGAUGUAUGUGACUUGGAAGCUCUGUGGAACACCCAAAACUAGGAAUGAAUGAAAGAUUGAAGUAGUAGCUGUACAAGUGACAAUGAACAUGAGAACAAGUAAAGAAUCAACUUUUGCAAAAUUGGUGUCAGUUGUGUCAAUUUGGUAUGAUGAAUGCAUACCCAUCAAUAUGCUGAAAGUGUUAUUCAGGGACCAUAUAGACGAUGCUCAUUUAUUACAUACUUCUUCUAAGACGAUGGAGUUAAUGAAUAAGCUGACAACGCGUGGAAGUUUGAGUCCAGCUGACCUUACUCUCCUCUAUGAUACUAUUAAGGUAACAGAACAAUUUGGUCUGGAACAUGAAAUUAAAGAUAAAAUGCCGUCAUUCCAAAUUUACAAAAAUAUCAGGGAUAAAGAAAUUACAGCAUUCACACUGCAUCAGCAAAGGCUUGUAAAGCUGGGGAAGUCACUAUCUCCAAGUGAUGUACAAACGAUUAAUGGUCUGUAUAGUGUAAAACAUACAGAUAGCUGGAGUUUGAUCAUGGAUCUAGAACAUAAAACAGUCAUUUCUGAAGAAAACAUGGACACAUUCAUUGACAAUUUGCAGACAUUUAAUCUAAACCAAGGAGUGAAGUCUCUAACAGAAGACAUUCAAAAGCCAUCUUCAAACUCAGGACAAGCAAGUGACAUUCCAAACCCAUCUUCAAACCCAGGACUAGCAUGUGAAUAUAAUUUACACAUGAAACCAGCUGCACUAGAGAACCUUGGCAAUACAUGCUACAUGAACUCAGUUCUGCAGAUAAUAGUCCAUACUGGAGCAUUGGUACAUUUAUUGAAUAGAAAGAAUCACAAGGACUCAUGUACCAAGCCAGAGAAGUGUGUUAUGUGCGCUGUAGAACUCCAUAUAUCCACUGCAUUUUCAAAUCCUGGAAAUACAAUAAAGUCACAGCUGCUUAUAAGACAUUUUACGGAAUUUAAAGAUUUUGAAUGGGGAAGGCAGCACGAUGCUGAUGAAUUUGUUCAUGCACUGCUCAGAGCAAUGGAUAACAGCUUCAAUGAGGAGUAUAGUCCCAUAUACAAGAUUUUUGGCCAUAGCAUAAUGACCUCAGUGGUAUGCAGUAAAUGUCAUACAGUCUCAACACAAUCUAAAACUUCGAUAGGAAGUAUUCAUCUUCCAAUUGGAAAGCAUCAUAGCCUUGAACAGAUGCUGAUCGAUUGCUUUUCAAAUGAAGAAAUUCUAAACGGGAGCAACAAGUAUAAAUGCGAAAUUUGUCAGGAGAAAGUUGAAGCAGCAAAGUUUGUGAAACUAGAAACGAUCCCAAAGGUUCUUUACAUUACUUUGAUGAGGUAUGAUGUGAACCAGACCAAAGACAAUAAGAAAGUUGAUUUCCCUGAAAAUCUUGACCUAAGCCCAUGUAUUGACAAAGAUAAUAACAACUGUGACACUACUUACCAUCUGUAUGGUAUAAUUUGUCAUUAUGGGCGAAAAAGGAACAGUGGGCACUAUAUCUGCCAUACAAAAUCAAACAAUGAGUGGUACUACCUCAGUGACGACAAAUGUCAAUCUGAGGGAAUAGAUGAUGUGCUUCAGGAGAACAAUGCCUAUAUACUUUUUUAUGAGAAACAAGACAUUCCAAACCCAUCUUCAAACCCAGGACAAGCAAGUGAGGAUUUGACAACUGCACCCACUACGGACAAGACAACAGUCACAACCACACCAUCAGAGGAUUUGACAACUGUACCCACUACGGACAAGACAACAGUCGCAACCACACAAUCAGAGGAUUUGACAACUGUACCCACUACGGACAAGACAACAGUCACAACCACACAAUCAGAAAUAUUGAGAGUUGGCUGUUUAAUACUGGCGAUAUUCACAAUUACACGAUUGAUGUAUGUAUACCAGGAAACAUUAACAAUGGAAUUCAUGGUCAUUACCACAGCUGCUUUAUUCUCACUACAUAGAGAGGAAAUAGAAAUAGAAAUAAAAUUUGUUUUUAUAAUUCUUAUAUUAUGGAUUUCAUGUUCUUCUUGCUUUAGAUAUGUUAUUUAUGCUGAUUUUCCAUUUCAUUUUUGUUUUAGGAUAUUCAUAGAAUAUUAUAUAUUGUGUAACAUUAUUGUAUGUAUUAUUGCUGCUGGUUUUUGUAUAUUAAAUUUGUUAACAAGUGAAAUUGCAAAAUACAUUUGUUAUUUUGCCAUUGCCAUAAUAUCUUUGGUUUUUAUAUAUUUUUUCAGUUUUAUUAAAAUUAAUGUUUUUGAUAUUUAUAUUUUUCUAGUAUUUUUUGCAUAUACAGCACUGUAUUUAUGUUCUUUUUAAUAGAAUCCUUAUAAUAAUAAUAUGUGGCAAAGACAAGCCAAACCAGUCACUCGUCGCAAAAAUCGAUUUUGAGUUAUUAAUACAGUUUUAGAGAGUAAAAUAAUAGCUAUAAAAUGGUAAAAAAAAUCAU